CACCAAUUGGUGCUAAUUUUCCGAAUUUGUGUUCUCCUGUGAAGGCAUAGUAAUAGCAUGGUCCAGAGAAUAGUAAUGUUCCUGUUACAAUCAAUGUCCCAGCCUGCAACAUAGCAUGUUUAGAUGAAUUGUAGUGUGUUUAAUUAUUGAUAAACAUGUAAAAUGGGAAUUAAACAUCUUUGGACAAUUUUGACUCCGUAUUGUGAACGUAGGCCACUGUACGAGCUGUCUGGGAAAACAGUGGCAGUGGAUUUAUCGUGUUGGAUAUGCGAAGCUCAAAAUAUUGCAGAGUAUCAAGUGCAACCCAGGAUGUAUUUGAGGAAUCUUUACUUUCGAACAUGUUACUUGUUGCUUAUGGGAGUAAUACCAGUAUUUGUAUUAGAAGGCAAAGCUCCAGAACUGAAGUAUGAAACCAUUGCAGCUAGAAAUGUACUCCAAUUCAAGGGGUCAAAACCCAAGACAGAUGGAGUCAAGACAGGGAAAGAUAGAAGCAGGUUUCACUUCAUUCUGAAGCGUUGUGAAGAAAUGCUUUCUCACAUGGGCUUAGCUUGUAUUAAAGGCAAAGGAGAGGCAGAAAGCAUGUGUGCUUACUUGAACGACGAGGGUCUUGUGGAUGGAUGUAUAUCUCAAGACUCUGAUUGUUUUGCGUAUGGGGCAAAAGUGGUUUAUAGAAAUUUUUCAAUUUCAACGCAAGGAUCACAUGCUGCAAGUGGUGGAGCUGUGGAUAUUUAUGAUAUCAUGAAAGCAACAAAAAGUAUAAACUUUGGAAGAAACAAAAUAAUUGCCAUGGCACUUCUUUGUGGAAGUGAUUACAGUGAUGGCGUUCAGGGUAUUGGCAAAGAAUCUGUCGUCAAAUUUUUUGAUACACUGUCAGAUGAGGAAACUUUAGAAAGGCUGAGAUCAUGGAGAUCAAAGACUGAAUUUUAUAAGGACCAUGAAGAAAAAAUGGCUAUUAAGAAUAUAUGUACGUCGUGCGGGCACCAAGGAAAAAUUCAGUUUCACACCAAAAAUGGUUGUCACGAUUGUGGAACAAAAACUGGGUGUGAUCCUUUCAAAUACAAAGAAGAAAGGAUAAAGAUAAAAAAUGAAUUGAAUAUGAGAAGCAAGGCGAUGCAAGACCCCAAUUUCCCAAAUGAGGAAUUAAUUAAUGAAUUUCUUUUGAAAAAAGAUCAUGUUUCGAAACUUGACGUCAAGUGGAACAAACCUGAUAUUAUGGCUUUUGUGAACUUCGCGAGCAAAUAUCUGGAUUGGGACGACAUUUAUUCCUUUGAGAAAAUUCUACCUAUAUUGACACGCUGGCAGUGUCAGAAUACUGACAAGAUACAAAACAAGGCUGAAAACCAUGGUUGCCUGAUACCUCAAAGGAUUAAGAAAGUUAGAGCCCCUAAAGGGGUUCCAAGUUAUGAGAUCAUCUGGUCUGAUCCAGAUGAUUUGUGCAAGAACCUAUUUACUGAAGAUGAGAUGAUUAAGAGAAAUUUAGACCCUGACAAACUUUGGGCAACCAUAGAACCACAAUCUUUAGUCGACAAAGCUUAUCCAGAGCUCAUAGAAGAAUUUAGAUUAUUAAAGAUGAAGCCUAAAAAAGUUAGUAAGAGGAAAAAGAAAGAAGCAGAUACUUCAGCGUCAGAACCUGUGGCGAAGAAGGAGAGAAAAAAACCAAGAGCUAAAACGAAGCAACUCAAAACUGACGUCUUGAAGGACUUGGAGGAAAGCUUUGGUGAGAUGCAUAUUAAGAAACCGACACUGCUAGAUAACUUCCUUAAGAAACAAAGGUUAGGUACACCCCAGAAAGAAAAUGUGCCAGAGUUCGCAAACAUAGGCGACUGCUGCACUUCAACUCCAGCAAAAUUACAACACAAAGAUAACUCUGAAAUUUUUGAAGUUAGUGGCAUUGUGGAUGACGACGAUUUAUCUGAUAUUAUCAACAAUAUUGUUUCCCAAAAACCAAGUUAUAUAGAACAAAAUUUGAAAAAACUAAAUCUAGAAAAAAUGGAAACGGCAAACCUGUUAAAUUCAUCGAGUUUCUUUAUCACGGGACCUGUAGAAAAUGAUGCUUUUGAACAGUCUCUGAACGUAAAAGAUCAUGAAGAAAGUGAAGACAGUACUGAAGAAUAUGAAAUUGAUGAAUGUGAACUGUUGGCCGUGAAGCUAGAUAAUAUAGACAAUGAAAGCAAAAGGGACACUAAUGACAGUUUCAGUGAUGUUUACGUGCCUCUAAUAGAAAGACUGAAAAAGAAAAUUUAAUACAUAUUUAUUUUUUCUAUUUACAAAUAAAUAUUUUUAUUCUA